AAAUAUAUCAUCAUUGGUUCCACUCCCUGAUGCUGUUUUGUAUAGCCAAAAGAGAUUCUAAUGGAGCCUCACCAGAUACUAUUUUGAUGGAUAUAAGCAAGGUCUUGCUCUAGUAGCUAUUUUACAUCAACAAUUUCUUCAAGCUCAUCCUGUGUUUUCUGGUGUAUGCUCUGAAAAAGUCAACAAACGGAUCUUACAAACAAUAACAUUCACUUGAUAUGGUUUGGCAGGAUUAAUCAUCAUUUUGCACUAAUUGGUCACAAUUAUUUUGCAUCUCACACAUCCAUGAAUAGCCACACCUUAUACAGUUACUUAAAGCGUGCUUUAUUGUAUAUAAAAAAUAAACAGUAGGAACAGG